AUGUUGAUGAAUUACAAGGAGAGACUAAAAGCAGCAGCAGAUUUAGUUAUUUCUAGCGAUCAUCAUCAAAGUGACGUACUCCUGUUAAACUACGAUGAGAUUGGCAUAAAGGCUACACUGAAGCCUCAUCAAAUUGAAGGAAUUUCAUGGCUUAUACAAAGAUAUCUUACUGGUGUCAAUGUUAUUCUUGGAGACGAGAUGGGUCUUGGGAAGACUUUGCAAGCCAUUACUUUCUUAAGCUAUUUGAAGUUCCAUUUGAAAUCACCUGGGCCAUUCUUGGUAAUAUGCCCUCUCAGUGUGACAGAUGGUUGGGUAUCAGAAGUAGCAAAGUUUUGUCCUAAAUUGAGGGUUCUACGAUAUGUUGGCGACAAAGAAGUCAGACGCGAUCUUCGCAGGAAAGCUUUUGAGCAGGCUAGCACAGACUUUCCUUUUGAUGUCCUUUUGACUACGUAUGACAUUGUGUUGAUGGAUAAGGAAUUUCUUUCUCAAAUUCCAUGGCACUAUGCUGUAAUUGAUGAAGCACAGCGACUUAAAAAUCCUUCCAGUUUCACCUUUGCGUUCAACACACUUGCAUCUGCCUAA